AGUUCAGUCCCUUCAAAACAACAGCAAUGGCGACAGAAACAAACCAAGAAACCGGCAAGCUGGAGUUCAUCCUGGACGUCCCCUUCCCAUCGUCUCGUGAGGCCACCGUGGCCCUGAGGUCCCUGUCCCCAGACCGGGAGCCGAGGAGAGGUGUCAUCAGCAAGCGUCUGAGCGUGUCUGGCAGCACGCUGUCUGUGAGGUGGAGCGCAGACGAAGCGCGGAUCCUCAGAGUGUCCGUCAACUCCUUCCUGGACCACCUGUCGCUCGUCGUGGAGACCAUGGAACUGUUCGGCCCUCCUGUCGACCUUUGAUACACAGCACACAUGGCUCUGGGACGAACAGAUAGAACACAAGCACAAGAUGGCGCUGUUGGGAUUUUUAGAUAUGAGGAGAACAAACUGUAUGAUCUGACUUCCAGAUCGACCAUUCACCAGUCUUUCGGGGAGUAUUUAUUUUCAUGUCUUUUAACAAGAAAGCACUGCAGGAUCCUGAGGAGAAUAUUUGUUUUUCACUUGAAUUAUUUUCUUGUAGAGGUCAGACUUCCUGUGUUGCUGUAUGUUGUCAACUUUCUAAAAAAAAAAAAUCAUUUUGUAUUUUGUGGAUUCUAAAUAAAAUCUAUAAAUGACUCGUAGAAUGUUGUUGUAAUGGCAGCUCUAUGAGGGGAGAUAGGGCUUCAUCCAAAAGAGUACACUCCUCUGAUAAAAAAAUGACUUCACUGCAGAUAAAACUGCAAUAGAGGUGUAAUAACUCUAAUAUUAAACUAAUACUCUGACUCUGAUUCAGUUACAUUUCUCAAUAACUCCUGGUUAAACAGAGAGGAACAAAGCAUCACAUGAAAAGCAUGCAGCAAUUAUAUUCAAGAUGGAGAAAAUUCUAUCAGGGUUUUAUUUCUUAUUUCACCCUCUGUACCCGUUUUAGAACCAAUGUAAUGUUCAAACGUUACAUCUGAACCAACCUAUCAUUUAGUCAUUGGAAGCUAGAACAGAUCACGUUUAUUCUAGGAAUAAUUAAGGAAGGUCAGCAGACCUCAGAUUAAUCAGCUGGGAAAUCUCACACCCAAAUCUGCUGGUCCAGUAAAACCUUCUGGAGAUUUGUCUCAGAGGUGAGUUUUAAUACUGGACUUUUUCUUCUUCAGAUCAUAAAUAGUCAAUUCUGCGCUGAGUCAUGGUGUAUGUUACAGAUGAAAAGUAUAAAGCAAUAAUGUUUGAUCCAAGUGGCUUGAAGUCAAUUAAAAAACUGAUUCAACACCCA